AUGUCAUGGCUUAACUAUUGGUUUAGUGGAAGGCAACCUUUUUGUAGAGAAUUCUCUCAAGAAGAAGGAGCUGAGGAAACUCAGACAAUACCAGAUGAAAAGAAGAAGGAAAAGAAACAGAAGAAGGAAGAUGUUGAUUUUUAUCAUCAUGAUCCACUUUGGGAUGUCAAAUGUAUCGAAAAUGUGCAUAAAAGCAAGAUAGACUACAGUACUGAAAAGACAAAUACUCCUUAUGGCUCUUUUGAUAAUAGAGGAAGUUAUAAAAACCGAAAUAAAUCAGCUAUAUUCACCCAGAGAAAGAAAAAUAGAUUCAGAGUCAAGACAGCUACUACUUGUCACAGAAAGAAAUUAAAGACAAAAUCUCAGAUUGAAGCAGAUACAAGAUCGUUUAAAUUAACUGAUCAUAGAGGUCAUGAGAUUAGUAGAGGAAAUGUGGAGGUUCCUGUGAAAUCUCAAUAUAGCAAGCUAAAAACUCACCACAGAUCUAAUGCUCAGUCAAAUCGCUUUAUUAUGAACUCAAGCACUACAAAUACUUCAAAAUUAAGAAGAAUCAAGAUGUCAUUCAUAAAAACUUCAACCCCAUCCCAAAAACCUAGGAAAAAGCCAUACAACUCCUCAAUCGACUGAAUGAUUAAAUAAAACGUGGAAAAUCUCGUACCCUGCUUUCCACAGAAAAUACCAAAAACCCACUGAAAUGCAGAUGCCAGAUCUUAUCAAGUUCCAAAGCGAGCACAAGAGGCGAGUCAAGUCUAAAUCCAAAGGAAACCUCAAAAAGAUCCUCAACAAACUCUCGAAAUUGGAAAAUGAGAAGAACAAACAGGAUUAUAGGAACAAGAGGACACCUAGUUUGGUCAAUAUUUCAGUAGAUCGCCAACAAUAUGAGUACCUUGGAGAGAAGUAUAAGCAUGUGAUCAACCUUAACCAGGCCAGGCUCCAGUUGCCUAGUUGUGUACCUGAUGAGUAUGCCAAGAUUUUGGUAGAAGAAUCUUUUGAAGAGAAGUACCAGGAGAUUCAAUAUGAUAUUUUAAACAGGAAAUAUAAAGUAGCGUUAUCUAAUACUCAAGAAGUGCUGAAUAACCUUUAUGAGAUUAAGGAGAAAAUAAUGCAUGAUGGUGAAGAGAAUUUGAAUAUGUACAAAGCAUGUUUGAUUAAUCUUUUAUUAUGAGUCUUUAAUGCAUUUAAAGUAGUACUUUUAAUUAAGAAUGUCAAUCAUAAAGAGGCUGAAAUGUUAGCUAAAGCUAAUAUUGAUAUUCUCAGGUCAAUUCUGACAUCAAUGAACGAUAGGAAACUUUUACAAGUGUGAAAACUAAAUUUAAUCACUCUGAUCUACAACUGGUGCAUCAUUUUAUAUAUUUAUUCUAAAAAGAAGGAUUGUAUCACAAACCUUAGGAAGCUAACAGAAAUGAUUACUAAGGAUAUGGUUCUCGUAGAUGAUAAAAUCUUAAAGAGUAUUUAUUUGCUAAAAUGAUAUUGACAUUACUACACCGAUCCGGUUCUUGCAAACCAAUCUGCCAAAAUGGUCAUCGAUCUUGACACACAAGCUGAGGAAGAAAACGAGGAUUUCAAUGCUCAAGAUAUUAAUGAUAAGGAUUCUGUGCAGAUACAUCUUGACUCCCAGAUGCUUAAGAUUCAGUCCUUUGAUAAUGAAAAUGCUGGAAAUAUGGAGGAAAAAUCAGUCGAUGGAGGAGACAUUGAUUAUUCGAAACAAAUUCUAGGAAACGACAGUCAAGAUAGUGAUGAUGAUCUCUUGAUGAAGAGAGAUCAAUCUCUUCCACCAAAUUUUUCUAAAAAUGAGCUAGCCCCAAUGAAGGAGGCUCCUAAUUCGAAAAGAAGUGUAAGCAAGGCAUCUGAUAAUUCAAAAGAUAAAGUUCAUAUUUUAACAACAUCUAAAAGUUUUGUCCAAAGCAAAACUAGCUCCAGAGGCCGUAAAAGUCCAAAUAAGCUCAAAGGGAUAAUAGGAAGAAAGAUCAGAUUAGCUGAGUCUAGAAUUGACACAAGAAGAAAAUCUAUGAUUUUAAGUUCAAAAAGGAACAGGAUGAGGAAGAGCUCAGGAGUCUCCAAAGUUACUUCAAACCAACCUUCCGCUAGAAACAUCGAGGAAAUUUCUGAAGAGGGGUCUCCUGAAAAGAGAGCUCAGGCCUAUCAAUUUGAUAAUGAGCUGGUUAAGUCAAGCUAUAUACAAAAUGAACUGAUUCGGAGUAUUAAUGAACUAAGAACCAAACUAAAUAAACAUAACAAACUUCUUCUGAACGAGGAAGAUGACUACACAAAGGCUUCCAACAAGAUUACAAGAAAGAUAAAGGAGGACACUUAUCACCUGAAAAGUUUGAAAGAAAACCAGAUUAAGACAGGAAUUCAUACUAAUUUAUCCAAAGUUAUGUCUGAAAUGGAAGUUGACUUUAUUAACAAAUAUUUUAACCUCUGCCCUUCUGAUGACCAGAUUCUGGAAAUGAUAGAUAAGAUUAUGAGAGGGCUUAAGUUUUUCUGUAGAAUGAAUAAAGACAAUAGGAGAGAUAUUAUCCUUUCAAGUACUAUUAAGACUGCUGAACCUGGAGAAUAUGUUAUAAAGCAAGGAGAAAUCGGAAAGCAUAUGUAUAUCAUUCUUAGAGGCUGAAUUCAUAUAAAGAUUAAUAUGCACUUAAAGCAAGAUUUAACUAUUUCUCAUAUAAAAUAAACCACCGAUUCUCAGACAGAUUGCUUCUUUGUACGAUGGAGAUCAUUUUGGAGAGAUGGCACUAAUUGACUUAGAAAAACAGGACGAUAUUUCUAAAUUAAGCACUCCAAAGAAGAGAAAAGCUAAUUGUAUCGCUUCUGAUAAUGUACUUCUUCUAAAGAUUCCCCAUGCUGCAAGCAUAAAAGCUUACCAAACAUCCAGUGCAGAGAACAUGAAAUAAAAGGAUCGACUUCCUCAUCACCCUUCCUGGCUUCCGUAUGAUCGACAAGAACACCCUGCUUCCCCUGGUCAGUAACAUGAAAGUCAAAAAUUUCAAAAUCGGUGAAUACAUAAUCCGGCAAAGAGAAAUGCCAAUGGGCUUGAUCGUUAUUUACAAAGGCGAGUGCACCGUUGGCUACGAGAAACAUCGGAAGAGGCAAUUUCAUAAUAACAUUUACACUAAGCUGAAACCCAAGGAAAUGAACUCCCAUUUUAGCGAUUAUAAUGAGACCAGGUAUGAAGUCACUACUGGGUUUAAUAGCAAGAAGAUCAAACUUAAGGUUAGUACUAACACCGAAGGGGAUGAACAGAGCAAGCCUAUGAAUAAGAGGACUUUUAAGAACGAUAUACUUGAGAAGGAGGAGGAUCCCACUGGGAAGAAAACUGUGGUGUAUAAGGAUUUUAUAGAUUUUUGUAAAAUUCAUAAGGGGCAGAUUUUUGGGUAUAGAACUAUCAUGCCUCUUGAGUUUUAUAUUAUGUCAAAAUAGAACCGAUUAUGAGAGGGAGUUUAUAAAAAGGGCUGAGAAGGAAGAGAUUCAGAAGUUCUUUAAUGAAGCAUGAGUAUCCAUUGUGGCUAACUCAGCAAUCGUUGAGACCUUUAUCUUUGAAAAGGCUUUAAUGUCUUUUCUACCAGAACACCUGUCUCAGGCUUUCUUCAAGGAUUUACUGAAUUGCAAAGAGCAUGACAGGCCUGCUAAUAUUGUUGAGAAAGGCAAGAACGAUAGUAUUAUUGGAAGUAUUAUCAAGAUGAAUAAAGAAGAUGAUUUAUGGGAUAAUACUAAAAACAAAAUUAUUGAUAAGACGCUCAAAGCGUCCUAUAUCGAGAGACACAAGGCUUUAGCUUAA